CCGCGUAUACAAGCGCAGACACGCGCGCGAUCGCGGCACCACCAACAGCGGCAACAUCGGCAUGCGUGCAAGCAUAGCCUCGGCAUUCAGAGCACCCAGAGGCCACCGGGAGAACUUGGUCCUUGAGCCAUGGACGAGUGGUUCUUCUCCGUCGACCGGGACGACGACGACGGCCUGAUGAGCCUGAUGGGCCUCCUCUCGCCCCCGCCCGCGGUGGCGCACCAGGGCAGCGCCUUCGCGCCGUACCAGCGGCGUAGUACGGCGACGUCGUCGCUGGCGUCCCCGGGCCGGCGGCAGCGCGCGCGGGGCAGAGCCAACGUCCACCGGAGCAUGCACGAGUACCUGAGGCCGAGGCGCAUCAAUGGCCUUGAGUCGUCUCCCCAGGGGACAUCUUCUGGAGCACGAGCGGCGCCGCCAGCGAAGGAGCCGAUCGAGCCGCAGGUGCCGCGCAGCUCGGCGUUCCGGCACAUCACGCGGGAGCGGCUGCGGCGGGAGCGCCUCAGCCAGGGCUACGCCGACAUCCGCGCCCUCCUGCCCCCGGGACGGGCACCAAACGGUGCCAAGAACUUCGUCCUCGCCGCGGCGGUCGACUACAUCAGGGAGCUGGAGGGGAGGAAGGGCCGGCUUGGCGCGCGGAAUGCAGAGCUGGUGAGAUCGUCAGAAUCAGACGGCGCGUCCCGCGGCGGUGUGGUGGUCAAGGUGCGCGGCGAGGGCGUGUGUUCUUCUAUGGCUGGCGUGCUUGAGGCGGUGCUCCGGCGGCUCAAAGCCAUGCAUGAGCUGCGGGUGACGGCGAUCCGGUCGUGGUGCUGCGACGGCGCCAUGUGCAUGGACGUCGCGGUCGCGGUGGAGUCAACGUCGUGAAAGAGAAGUUUUCAAAUUGGCAAGGAUUCCCCCUGGUCCAACUAGCUAAGAUGGUAGAAAAGGGAACAAAGAGCAAACAGGAGGUCACCUACUCAUGCAACAGUCAUGCUUCGCCAUCAUUCUACUGGACGAAGACCCCGAAGUACACCGCUGGAACAAGACAACUGACGCCAUGGAAACAACAUCAAUAAUUCCUGAUGAGUAGACUUAAAAGUAGGAUUUUGAGAUAUUACAAAUCUGGAGUAGACUUCGUGACAAAUCGUGUACUAGUAUAUAGCUGAUUGCUCUCUCUGACAAUUUCCAACUAUAAUGUACAGUUGUACAUUGUAUCUUUUUUCAUCUAAGAUAUAUAUGAAUGAGGUGCUCGACCUCGAAGAUUUAAAUCA